AUGGAAUCUUUUGAAGUCCAGAAGCGUCAUGCUGUGUGCAUUCCAUUUCCAGCAAAAGGCCAUGUUAAUCCCAUGAUGCAAUUAGCUAAGCUUCUCCACUCAAGAGGCUUCCAUAUCACCUUUGUCAAUACUGAGUUCAAUCACAGACGCUUAUUGAGAUCUCAAGGUCCGGAUGCUCUCAAGGGCUUGAAUGAUUUCCAGUUUGAAACCAUUCCCGACGGAUUGCCACCGUCCGACCGUGAUGCUACGCAGGAUCCUGUAGCUCUAUGCGCUUCAAUCCAAAAGAACUGCUUGGCUCCCCUCCGUGAUCUACUGAAAAGGCUCAAUUCUUCCUCCUCCAACAUACCUCAAGUCUCUUGCAUUGUUUCUGAUGGAGUGAUGAGUUUUGCCAUAAAAGCUGCCAAGGAACUAGGCAUCCCUGAAGUUCAAUUUUGGACUGCCUCAGCUUGUGGCUUCAUGGGCUAUUUCCAUUAUCAUGAGCUUGUCAAAAGAGGGAUUGUACCACUCAAAGAUGAAAGCUACAUCAGCAAUGGCUAUCUGGACACACCAAUUGAUUGGAUACCAGGAAUGAAAGAUAUCAGGCUCAAGGAUCUCCCAAGCUUUGUCAAAACUACUGAUCCCAAUGACAUUUUGUUCAAUUUCUUAGGCCAAGAAGCACAAAAUUGCUUCAAGGCUUCCGCAAUCAUAAUCAACACAUUUGAUGAUUUAGAACACGAGGUUUUGGGUGCAAUUGCAAGCAAGUUUCCUCACACAUAUACUAUUGGCCCAGUAAAGUUACUCGGCCGGUACACACCGGAGAGCGAAUCGAAGUCGAUCCCAUCAAGCCUCUGGAAAGAAGAAUUAGAAUGCCUUGAAUGGUUGGAUAAAAAGGAACUAAACUCAGUUGUUUAUGUAAAUUUUGGGGGUGUGACAGUUAUGAGUGAUCAACACUUGAGAGAGUUUGCAUGGGGGUUGGCAAAUAGUAAGUAUCCCUUCUUGUGGGUCAUUAGAGCUGAUGUUGUAAUGGGUGAAUCAGCAAUCUUGCCAGAGGAGUUCAUAGAAGAGACCAAAGAUAGAGGUUUGGUGGUGGGAUGGUGCCCACAAGACAAAGUUCUCUUACAUUCAUCCAUAGGUGGGUUUCUCACCCAUUGUGGAUGGAAUUCUAUGCUUGAAAGCAUAUGUGGUGGAGUGCCAAUGAUGUGCUGGCCCUUCUUUGCUGAGCAGCAAACUAAUUGCAAAUAUGCUUGCACUACUUGGGGCAUAGGCUUGGAGAUCAACAAUGAUGUUAAGAGAGAUGAGGUUGAAACUCUUGUUAAGGAAUUGAUGGAAGGAGAGAAAGGAAAAAGAAUGAAGAAGAAGGCCUUGGAGUGGAAAGAGAAAGCAGAAGAAGCUACCAAACAAGGAGGUUCUUCUUACAAUAACUUUGACAAAGUAAUUAAGGAAGUUCUCCACCCAAGUGAGUAACCAAAUGGGUAGAUCUAGGUAUAAUGUUGUUAUUCCAUGUCCCCUCAGAGACCACAUAGCUGCUCACCUUAACCAGUAUGAUAACUUGAGGGGUUUGCAAAUCUGAGAAUCAGCUCCAUCUAAGGCUGAUUUGGUACGAUUUCAAUUUCGGUUUUGGAUUGGUUUCAUAAAAUAGUUAAUAAAUAGAUUUUUGUU